AUGCUCUCUUUUUUGUGUUCUUUUAUUCUUUCUUAUUUUCUUUCUUUCUUUUUUCUUCUUUACUUUCUUUCUGGUUUCUGUUUUCUUCUUUCUUUUCCUACUUUCUUUCUCUUUUUUUCUUUUUUUUCUUUCUCUUUUUUGCUAUCUCCUCUUUUCAUUUUUCUGCUUACGUUUCCAUCUUUCGCUUUUCUGUUUUUCUUUCCGUUUAAUUCCUUUAUCUUCCCCUUUUCUGUUUUCCUCUUUUUUCUUCGCCUUUUCUGUUUUCCUCUUUUUUUUUCUUUCCCUUUUUUUUUCUAUUUUCUUAUUUCUCUUCGCUUGUAUCUUUUCUUUUUCUUUCUUUUUUCUUCUUUCAGUAUCCUUUCUGCUUCUCUUCUUUCUUUCUUUCUUUCUUUCUUCCUUUCUUUCUUUCUUUCUUUCUUGUCUCUUGCUCUCCGUCUUUCCUUCUCUUCUUUAUCCCUUGCUUGUUCCUUUCUUUGUUUCACUUUGUCUCCCUUUUUACACUCUCUCUUUUACCAAAUCUCACUUCUAUUCUCCUUCUCCCUUUUCUUGAUCGUCUAUCUUUCUUUUUGUCUAAUGCAUUUUCAAAUCUUAAUAUUUUUCUCCUUCUCACUCUCAUUUCCCUCUUCCUUUCUUUCACAUUUCACUCUUAUUUUUAGUCUCGCUUUUAAUGUUUUUUUUUUUCCUUACUGUUUAUGUUUUUCUCUUUCAUUCUCAGUCUCUUCUUUCUUUUCAUUCUCUCUCUUUUUCAUUAUACAGGGUGACCCAAAAAACGGGAAUUUUUGA